GCUGCACACGGAUACCUGCGAAAGCUGUUUAGACCAUUCCCAUCACAGUCCCCUGGUUUUUGCCAAGACUGUCCCCGGCAUCCUCCGCGGACAAUAGCACAAUUUCAUACGACACCACGCACGACGACAUUCGAUCGUUCAUUCCACGUUCGCCAUCAUCUCCAGCAAUCGCGCGCGCAGGGAGUCAGUAUGAUUCAGCUCAAGUCUCUCAUCAACUGCAUCGACAACUCGGGCGCCGCCAUUGUCGAAUGCGUCAACGUCCUGCGAUCAAAGCGAGCUGCACAUGUCGGCGACCGCAUCGUAGUUGUCGUGAAGAAGCAGCGGAACUUCGGCCCCGAGACCGGAAACAGUGUAUCCAUCAGCGCAGCAAAUAAAGUACGGCGGGGAGAUGUGCGCCACGCAGUCGUGGUGCGGACCGCCCAAAAGUGGCAGCGACCGGAUGGUAGCGUAGUCAAGUUUGACGACAACGCCUGCGUGCUCAUCAACAAGGCCGGCGAACCCAUAGGCUCCAGAGUCAGCGGCGUCGUCGCCGGUGAGUUGAGAAAGAAGCAGUGGUCCAAGAUCCUGUCUUUGGCACCCAUGCAUGUGUAGGAU